GGAAGGAAGGAGGCUUGUUCUUCAUAUGUUUCAUCCUCAGCAUCCCAAACAAACUGAAAUUACGCCUCUUAUCUCUCCAUUUUACGAUAAACAAAACCCUAAUUUUUUUCGCUUUCUUUCUCGAGAAAAUCUCAGACCCUCAAAGCAUUAUAUUAUCUCUCUUCUCUCUCAUAUCUUCGUGAGCUCUGUGUUCCUCUUUAUAUUUCCUCUUUCUGUGUGACACUGAAACUCUCUCUGUGCCUCUGCUUUGAAACACAUUGUUUGGAAUUCGCAAUAUUAAUACUUCGAAAGCGGUUAUUGAAACGGUUACGUUUUUGUGCUAUAGCUGCCUUUAAUCAUAGCGGGCUAGGGUUUGUUCUCCCUCGCUUGCAGUUUCCUUUUCCUUUUUGGACAAACAAUUAAAUUUUUGUUUGUUUCUGUUGAAACCCUAGAACGUUGCGGUAACACAGAUACAGGUACGUGUGUGUGUGAGACUAGGGUUUCUAUUUGUACACAUUAUUCUUUUGGGGAGGUUUUCUCACUCUGAUUUUAUCGGUUCUUUAGGGUUUCCUUGAAAUUGUACUGUUUGAUGGGUGUGAACUCGUGUUAUAGAGACGUGGGUAUUGUUUCAUUCUCGCGAUAUGUUUUUUUGAACCUUCAUAUUCGGUGUUUCGGCAGAUUUUCGUCAGAGAUGAGGGUCUAUUGAGCGUGUUUGUUUGUUUGUUUUCUAGAAAUCCAUCUGUAAUUGAAGAUGGAGGUGUAAAGAGAUAGAAAGAAAUGGAGCCAUAAGGGCGUUUGAUUAUAUUCCAUUGCGUUUUAUGUGAAGUCUUACAUUUUGUUUAUGCCAUUGCUGUUGUAAUUGGGUUUUCUGCGCAUGCACUAACUUCACAACCUGCUGCUUCUUUCAAACCUUGUUGUCUUUAAGCCUGAUUUUGCUAGAUAGAGAAGAACCAAUCUGCCAAACACAUAACAAUUCAAUUUCUAUUGGGUGUUGUUUCUUUUUCAAUUGCUAACUUGAAUUAUUGGUUGCGACUGGAGUAAGGUUGGGUGUUUUAGUUUUAGUGGAAAGAAAGACAGGAUUAGGGAUAGAAGGUGGUGUUUUUUUUUUAGGACUAUAAUUUUGUUAGGAGAGGGGAUGAAGUAGGUGAGAGAAGUAUUUUGUUUUCUUCUUGAUUAAUCUGAUGAUGUUCAGUACUGCUCCUUAUGGAAAGAAGUGAACCCACGUUAGUUCCAGAAUGGUUGAGAAGUUCUGGAAGUGUUUCAGGGGGUGGCAGUUCAGCCCAGCACUUUGCAUCAUCGUCUUCUCACUCAGAUGUUUCUUCCUCGGCACAUCAUGCUAGAAACAGGAAUUCUAAGAGUGAUUUUGAUUCCCCUCGUUCUGCUUUUCUUGAUCGAGCAUCUUCUUCUAAUUCCCGGAGGACUUCCAGCAAUGGAUCUGCAAAGCAUGCAUACAGUAGUUUUAGUAGAAGUCACAGGGAUAAGGAUCGAGAAAGGGACAAAGAGAGGUUGAAUUUUGGUGACCAUUGGGACCAUGAUGUUCCUGAUCCUUUGGGAAGCAUAUUGCCAAGUAGAAGUGAGAAGGACACUUUGCGACGUUCCCAUUCGACGGUGGCAAGGAAACAGAGUGAUGUCUUACCUCGAAGAUUUACAGUGGACUUAAAAAAUGGGAGUAACAGCAAUCAUGCCAAUGGCAAUGGUUUGAUUUCUGGGAGCAGUGUUGGUAGUGGCAUUCAGAAGACAGUGUUUGAUAAGGAUUUUCCCUCACUUGGGAGUGAAGAGAGACAAGGAGUGCCUGAUAUAGGAAGGGUUUCAUCUCCUGGAUUGAGCACGGCUGUUCAAAGCUUGCCUGUGGGUAGUUCUGCUUUGAUUGGUGGGGAGGGAUGGACAUCAGCUCUGGUAGAGGUGCCCACUAUAAUAGGAAAUAGUAGCUGUGGUUCCUUAUCAGCUGUACAAACUGUUGCUAAUUCAGCACCUGGGACUCCAAGUGUAAUGGCUAGUCUCAAUAUGGCUGAAGCACUGACUCAGGUUCCAUCAAGAACUCGGACUGCUCCACAGUUGUCUGUCCAAACUCAGAGGCUUGAGGAAUUGGCUAUCAAGCAAUCGAGGCAAUUAAUACCAGUAACACCUUCAAUGCCAAAGAGUUCGGUUCUCAAUUCUUCUGAUAAAUCAAAAUCCAAAACUGUAGUCAGAUCUGGUGAGAUGAAUAUGGCUGCCAAGAGUAUGCAGCAACAGCCCUCUUCAUUGCACCCUGCCAAUCAAGCUGUUCUUGGGGGACAUGUCAAAGGUGAUGCACUAAAGACAUCUCAUGGGAAGCUUUUUGUUCUCAAGCCGGGGUGGGAAAAUGGUGUGUCCUCCUCUCCGAAAGAUGUCGCUAGUCCUACAAAUAGUGCCAGCAGAGCAGCAAAUAGCCAACUUGCUACUCCUACAGUUCCAUCUGCACCUUCAAGGAGCCCAAACAAUACUAAGCUCUCCUCUGUGGAACACAAGUCAGCGAACCUGAAUUUGAUUUCAGGGUUCAAUGUGGAAAAGAGACCUUUGUCUCAAACCCAGAGUCGAAAUGACUUUUUUAACCUCUUGAAAAAGAAAACCUCAACAAACACUUCUGCAGCUCUCCCAGAUUCAGCCUCUGCUGUUUCAUCUCCUGCAAGUGAGAAAUCUUGUGAUGCGAGUAAGGAAGUAGUCAGUGCUUCUACAAGUUCUCAGGCUAUUAAGAAUGGUGCUGAGUUGACUAGCAAUGGUGAUACAUGUGAAGAGGUUCAGAGAUUUUCUGAGGAAGAAGCUGCAUUUCUUCGUUCUCUUGGGUGGGAAGAAAAUUCUGGGGAGGACGAGGGCCUUACAGAAGAUGAGAUUAAUGCUUUCUAUCAGCAGUGCAUGAAAUUGAGGCCGACCUUGAAACUCUGUCCAGGCAUGCAGCAAAAGCUGCUUGAAUCUCAUGCAGCUGGUACGGGUGGAGCUUCCUCUGAACUGAGCUCUUCUGACUCUGGAUUGGAAACUUGAUGCUGUUCCCUUGAAUUAGAUCCGAGAAAUACCAAUUUUUGAUGGCAGAUGGUUAAUUUCCUUUUUUCUUUUUUCCCUCUUUUUUCCCUUCCUCUUCUUUUGAAGAAAGCUGAUGAGUUGAAUGUGAAAGGAAGGGUGGAUUUUUGUUGGAACUGCAUUUUGCAAAUAGUGCAAUAAGUCACAGGUGCCUCAAUCCUGCCUUCCCAAUAGAGGGGAAUUUUACAAGGUGUCAGGUUGGUUUUAGGAGAGGGUAGGAUACUAUAUUGUCUGCAAUGGAAGAUGUUAGGGAAAUUACAUCUUUUGGGGGUA